GUUCCAUCCCUUCCAUGGAAGGGAAGCACUCAGCAGGCCAAGAAUCCAUGCAGAGAGAUAUUGGGAAACCCCCAAGGCCCACAAUUUUGAGAGUUCUUAGCGGAUACACACGACCAAACCCAGUUGGAAGCAAUGCAGCUGCUGUUGUUGCAUUCGCUUCGGUACGAUUGUCGGCUUGCAAUCAUAUUUCGCCCCACAACCAUUCCACUGGCUAGAUAGUUGUCCACAAUAGAGACAAAGCACUUCGGACUAGGCAAAACAGAACAAUGAGCGCAUUUGCGAAACCAAUAGCUGGAAACGCGAUGCCAACCAUCGAGAAACCCCGAAUCACUUACUCGUCUGUGAUCCACUCUCUUGUGGGACAGAUCACUCUGCGAUCACCGUUUCUUCGGGAUACUGGGGAUGAGGGAGAUGAGGAGGCGGAUAUUGCGCUGUUGUACCGCAACGAGAUACUGACAGGGAGUAUACUUGGUCAAGGCAAUUUCUCGAAUGUCUUCGAGGUGGCUGAUCUGGACCUGAGAGGGGACGAAGACGAAUCAAGUGACGUAUCAUACCCAAGAAAUAUGAUGCAAAGUUUGCAAGGCAAUGGGAAAGCGGAGGCAAAGAGCCAUCGCGGACCAUAUUGUGACGAAACCAAACGCAAUCUACAAACUGCCAAUUAUCGAAGAACACGGGCAAGAUUACGGCUUCGAGACGAGUACAAACACGAACAGCUUUGUGUGAAAUCCCUCAAACCAGAGUUGUUAGAAAACAAAAGCCCCAAAGUGUUCUUAGAAGCUGCAGCUGAUCUUGUCAUUGAAGCCAAGUAUCUAUCGAAGCUCAACCAUGAAAACAUUCUCAAGGUUCGUGGUUUGGCCAAAGGUUGGCAGUCAGCUUUUGCAAAUGGCGAAUACGACAGCUUCUUUUUGCUUGUGGAUCGGUUGGAAGAAACGUUGAACCAAAGAAUCAAGAGAUGGAGGAAUCGUGAAUACCCGGAAGAAAACACAAUAGAGGGGAAGUUACCAUUGCUUCAACAGCUGGCAAGCGCUUUGAGUUACUUAGCAGAUCGCAACCUGGUCUUUCGGGAUUGCAAACCCCAGAAUAUCGGACUGGGAAGGCUGCCCGAUGGUUCUCUGUCCGUGAAAUUGUUUGAUUUUGGAUUCUGUCGACAACUACCAGCCCUCGACCAAGCGAGGGACGACGUCGAAGAGACGGCAUCUUCGAACGCAGCAACGACGUUGAAAUCAGGGGAGCAGAUGUUUCUCAUGUCUGGCAAAGGAACAAGGAGAUACAUGGCACCAGAGGUACUGAUCCACAACAGAUACAAUCUUAAAGCAGAUGUUUAUAGUUGGGCUAUGGUGGCCUGGGAAACCCUUACGCUUCGGAAGCCAUACUACAAAUACACCAAAGAUCAGCAUAUGCAUCAUGUUUGCGAAAAUGGUGAUCGCCCUCCGUUGGAACAUGUGACUGGCACUCAGUCGUUUUGGCCGCCGCCAACCGUUCGUUCUCCAUCCAUGUCUUUGUCUUCCAUGCAAAGCCACAGCAAUUUUGGAAGUGAAGCCAGCAUCAAUUUCCAACAAUCCAUGACAGACCCCAUUCGACAACUGCUUCAAUGUGCUUGGAAUCAAGAUGUAUCAGAGCGAUACAGUAUGAAAGAAGUCCUAAAUGCUUUCGACGAUAUGGACCAUGCAGGAAAUGCCGUUGUGGGUUCUUCUACGCAAACAACUUCCAGUGAUGUAUCUACUUCGACACGGUCGGGGCUUGGAUACACCUGCCUGUCGACAUCCAUCGCCAACUAUCACGACGUGAGGGAUUUGGUAGCGGAGUUUGCCAACGAUCUACCUGAGCUACCUUUCCUAGCUUGCUUUGGACACGACGACAAUGCGCAACAAGAAAACAUAGAACCUGCACCCAAAGCUCGAGGAGCCGAGGUUGAGCCGUCGGAGAAUCUGAAAGCGAUCGGUACAAAACGAGAAGAUUACAGCAAUGUGCUGCAAUAUUCUGUAUCUCGAAUACAAACACUGAUAGUUCAAUAGACCUGUACAGAAUCGCCACCAAAAGAAAAGUGCGGCGUGUAACACUUAGCUAACAAUAGUUUUGUCUACCGUGUUGCCCUGUAUUGCUCAAACCAGUGUCGUCAUAGCAAAGGUGCACCCC